CAGUCCCACUAAAGCGAUUUCAGCGCGUGCGAGGACUCUUCCAGCGGACACGAAUGGCAACAUGGCGACAGAGUUCCACAACUUGCAGGAGUUAAGGCACAGCGCAUCAUUGGCCAACAAAGUCUUCAUCCAGAGGGACUACAGUGAGGGGACGACGUGCAAGUUUCAGACCAAGUUUCCCUCUGAGCUGGAGACGAGGAUUGAGCGGUCUCUCUUUGAGGAUACUGUAAAGACACUCAAUAACUAUUAUGCUGAGGCAGAGAAGAUCGGCGGGCAGUCGUACCUGGAGGGUUGUCUGGCCUGUGCUACCGCCUACCUGAUAUUCCUCUGCAUGGAGACACGCUACGAGAAGGUACUGAAGAAAAUUGCUAAGUACAUCCAGGAGCAGAAUGAGAAGAUCUACGCUCCCAGAGGCCUGCUCAUCACAGAUCCUAUUGAACGAGGAAUGCGAGUUAUUGAAAUCUCCAUUUAUGAGGACCGAGGUUCCAGUGGCUCCAGCUCCAGUAGCAGCUCUGUGUCCGGCAGCACCACACGAUGACGGGACAUUCAAAACUUCAUCAUCCUCAACACUUUUAAGGAGUGCUGAAGACACUGUUUUCAUGUCUAUUGUAGGCCAUACAUUCCUCUGGGCUGCUCACACAAAGCAAUCACUGGUAAAUGAGUUCACAUAUUUGUAUGUGAUUUGAUCGUGUCCUAAUUACUCACACCUCAAAGAUGCAAGUGUCAAAUGUCAAAAAAGUGAAGGAUGACUAUCCAAUGAAUGACUGCUGGUGAUACUUUGUGGGACCAUACCAUUAUUGUCUUGCCUGUGUUCCUAAUUUCCACUGGUGAAUUAAAUGAUAUUAAGGAGUGAUGAGCGGGAGAUCACUAGCCUCACCAAACCUCAUACCUCACUCAAAUAUUGUCCAAAAGAGUUUUUAUGAAAUGCCCUUUAAGGACAUUUCUGUUACCCAGAGCCUGAUGAUAGUUUAAGUCCCUAUUCUGCUUCCCUUCUGAACAGUGUAGCAAAUGAAUGUCUCUUAGUAUGUUUAUAAUGUAGCAGAUUUUCCAUAAAGCCUCUAUUCAAUGAAAAUAUCUGCACAAUUAAGUCGGUCUCAUAUUAUGAGACUAGUGCUUCCUAAAUUAGUUUUAUGCAAAAAGACACUGUGCACCAAUCAGUGAUGGGUCCACAAGUCUUCCUUUACUGUAAGAAAAAUCCACCCAUCUCAAUGUUUGAACAAAUCUCCAAAGAUACAACUGCCAAACACUUGCAAAUGAGAAUGUCUUCUUUAUUUGGGUGGCAUUUGAAGGAUUUUUUUCAUAUUGUUUAUUAUUUAUUACACAACACCUGCAUAUAGUCACUGUCAAAUAAAUGCUGUUUCAUCACUU